UAACUAUGAAACUUGUUUACACUUGUUACCAGGAAGAAAAAAUAAAAUAUUUAAGAUUGAAGGAAGACAUAUUUGUGUUUUCAAAUCUUUUUCUUAAUAUUAAACAGAGCAAUGAAUUAAAAACUGUUUGAGUAUAACUCUCGUUUAAAGCUAAAAGGAAAAUCAUGGCUGUCCCAGGUAAAAAAGCCAUCAAACAAUUUUCAUCUUCAACAACUUCUAUGGGCUCUGAUGAAGAUCUCAAACUUUACUGUCAGCCAUGUGAUCGUGAUGGACCCAGACGUUCUGCUCAUGGAUAUUGUAAGAACUGUUCAGAGCAUUUAUGUGAAGCAUGCUUUACAUUCCACAAGAGGCACACAUUAUCAAGACACCAUACUUUACUAGACAAAACCAACAUGCCUCAGACAAUGUCACCUGUAACUCCAAAACAAUCAGAUAAUUUCACAAAACCAUGUCCUAAACACAACAUUGAGAUGAUCAAGUUUUACUGUCAUGAUCAUAAGGCUCAAGUUUGCAGUGUUUGUGUUACACUUGAGCAUACAGCAACAUCUUGCAAAGUCAACUAUAUAUCGGACAUUUCAGGCAGGACAAUCAAUAGCAAAGAAUGUCAAAAUAUAUUGAAGGAUUUGAACGACAUGGCUGAAAGAUCAAGCAAAACAUUUCAAGACUUGAAGAAAAUGAGUGAGGUAUCGAACAAGUUUUUAGCAGAAGCAUUGACCGACAUAUUGAAAUUCCGAACAAAGAUCAACCAAAGACUAGAUGAAAUGGAAAGACAAGUCAAGGACGCUGCUAAAGCCAUCCAAGAGGACAAUAGCAAGAAUUUGAAGAUUGUUGAAACUGCAUGUAGAGAUGUACCAAAAUCUCUGAAGACAUGUUCUGAUGCUAUUAAACAGUUCAACAUUUCCAAAGAAGCCAAUGAUUUGUUCAUGGAACUGAUACAUGCAGAACAGAUGAUAAAGGAACUUGAAAAGAGUGUUGAUAAGCUUUCAGAAUUUGAAGUCAAAGAAUAUAAUUUUGAACCAAAUGAGGUAAUAUCAAAUCUUCUUGAAAAAGAGAAGUCACUGGGAACACUGAAAGGUGGAACAUUAUCUUCUGCUUUGAGGUCAAGACAAUCAUCACAAAUUGAUAAAAUCUGUAUCAAAACAUCAAAAGAUAGGUGUGAUUGCUGGGUAACAGCAAUGACUUUCCUGACUCCUGAUCUUCUUAUCAUCACUGAUAAUUUGAACUGUGCCAUAAAAAUUGUUGAUAUCAGUAAAAAGUCUGUAAAAGCCAAGAAAUACUUUGAAAUUAGUCCUUGGGAUGUAACAUCAGUUUCAGAAAAUGAAGUUGCUGUCACAUUCCCAGACAAUAAAACUGUAGAGUUCUUUUCUGUUUAUAGGAAUAAUCUCAAGCAGAAGCACACUUUAAACGUUGAUGGAAAGUGUUAUGGUAUAGUCUGUCAUAGGGAUAAAAUGGUGGUGUCAUAUUGCAAACCAGCUAAAGUUCAAAUCCUUCUUAGUAAUGGUACUGUUUUACAGACAAUACAAAAUGAAAAUAUUUUCCAAAUUCCAGAAUAUAUUACAACAAAUGACAAUUGUAUCUAUGUAUCUGAUUUUUACAUGAAAACAGUUACUAAGUUAAACUGGCAGUGUGACGUGAAAGGUAAAUAUGUUUGUGCAGAUGUUCCACGUGGUUUGAUAAUGUCAGAUGAUGGGACUGUGUUUGUUUGUUAUUGUGACAGCAAUAUCAUAGAAGAGAUAUCAGGAGACUGUAGUAAAGGACAAGUUGUUGUAAAAGAUAUACAAAACCCUCAAUCUGUCUACUGGUCUGCUGAAACAUGUACAUUGUACGCAAGCAGCUCAUUUCUUACAAAAGAACGACACUUUAUCAAACUCUUUAAAUUGUCUAAAUAAUGACAGAUAUCUUUCUCUACAAAGACAGACAAAAUAUUAACAAAUAUAUAGCGAUCAGUUUUUGUUUUGACUGCAUGGUACUAACUGUUGCUAUUUAAACUUAUUGUCCUUUGUGAACUUCAAAGUUGUACAAACACUUGUUAUUAAAUUAUAAACAAUUUGGAACAUUUUUUAACUGUGAAAAUGUUGUUAAAAAAGAAAAGGAGUUCAACUUGUAUUUUAUGACAUUUUAAAUUAUGUUACUUAACAAAUAUGUUUAGAUUAAUAUGUCAAUUUAUAAUCAGAGACUGUAGUAUACACAUAUUUUAU